AUGAAGUUCUCAAAUGUGAAAUUCGUUGUGAACAGCUCUUCCGACUCACCAACUUUCAAACCCCACGACAUAAUCGAUGGCAACAUCCUUUUUACACCACUUCACGAAACCAAAACUGAAGACAUAAGCAUCACAUUCAAAGGCAUGGCACGAAUCGAAGCCGAGAACAUGAAUACACAUCUUCCUCUGCCUUUCAGCAAAAUCCAAAAACCCUUCCUAAGCAUGGAGUUGCCGAUUUACGACUACCUAUGGGAUACAAAGACCCUCAAACCUGGCAAGAGUUAUCGAAUGCCCUUCAAGUUCAUCGUGCCCGGAGAACUUCCCAUCCAUGCCUGUCAUCACGAAUGCGCCAAUCACCAAAUCCAACAAGAACAUCUACAGCUACCUGCAAGUCUCAGCUACCAUGCCACAAAAUCCCACGAAAUCCAUGACAUGUCACCAGAAAUGGUGGAAGUGGUCUAUAGCAUCAACCUUGCCCUCUGGCAGCGAGACGGCAAGGCGGGAAGGUCGAAGAAAAUCCAGGAAUCAACACAUCCUGUGCAAAUCCUCCCAACACGAAAUGAGCAUCCCCCAAUCCUUGUUCCAAGCAAGAACAAGUACUACAAGCUACGAGCAGAAAAUUCUUUGUUUACAGGGAUGCUGCGGCAUGCAUGCGGCAAAUUCGCUGCCUGUUCUGCCCAACCACCGGCGAUUUGGAUACACAGUCUCCAGCCAACGAAGAUGGACGCGUCAACUUCUAUAAAGAUCGAUCUUCGGUUUGACCCUGCUCAUUUGGGCCAGUUUCCACCAAAUCUUCUUGCCGCCGAAUUUCAGUUGCGGGCAAUGACGUUCUUUGGGAUGGAGCCAUGGCAAGAUUAUCCAGAUCUCACUGAUAUUUCUACAUGGGGUGCACGGCGAGAAUUCUGGUCUGAUUGUGUGGCGUUGACGGCGAACGAUGAAGUACAAAUGGACUGGAAGUCUCAAGCAGAAGGGGAGCGCACGAUCUUCACUGCAUCGAUUGAGACUUCGAUUUCACUGCCUACCCAUCGACGAUAUCCACCCACUUUCCAUUCCUGUUUGGUCUCUCGGGUUUACUCCCUAAAGGCAAGAUUAUUCUAUCGUGUACAUGGAAAGGCUCGGGGUAGAUCAUCCAUAUCGGUUUCUGUUCCUGUGGAGAUUUGUGCAGCAUGA